UGCAGGGUUUUAUAACACAGUUGCAGCUAUAGGUUUGGCACUAUACUAUUGUAUUAGUAGUACUAUUUCAAGUUUCUUGACUUUAUUAUAUUCUAUAUCUAUAUACCUAUACAUACACAUACAUUCAUAUAUAGAUAUAGAUAUAUAUGAUUACACUGUUACCAAGAUGAAGAUGAAAGACACUCAAAUACCCUGUUUACAAAUGAGGUGACUCAACAAGAAAAAAAGUUAAACCAAAAAAGAAAAAAGUCUCAAGAUUUUUUUAGUAUUUUCUUGAAAGAAUGUUGAGGUGAGAAUUUGAGAAGAUGGGUGUGAGUUUGAUGGAAGAUUUAAGAAGAAAGUUUGAAGCUUUGAGAAUGAUGACCUCUCUUCUUUUGUUUCUUUUCACUUCUUUAAGUUUCUUCUCCAUUUUGGCUAGCUCUGAUGAUGGAGGGACAUUGUUAGAGAUAAAAAAGUCAUUUAGAGAUGUGAAUAAUGUGCUAUAUGACUGGACUGAUUCACCAUCUUCAGACUACUGUAUGUGGAGAGGUGUUUCUUGUGAUAAUGUCACCUUCAACGUUGUUGCACUUAAUCUUUCUGGAUUGAAUCUUGAUGGAGAGCUGUCACCAAGUAUUGGAGGGCUUAAAGGUUUACUCUCAAUUGAUCUGCGUGGAAAUCGGUUAUCCGGUCAAAUCCCAGAUGAGAUUGGUGACUGUAGUUCCCUUACAAACAUGGAUUUAUCAUUCAACAUGCUAACUGGAGACAUUCCGUUUUCGAUAUCAAAGUUAAAACAGCUUGAGCUCUUGAUCUUAAAAAACAAUCAACUAAUUGGCCCUAUCCCUUCGACUUUAUCACAGAUUCCAAAUUUGAAAAUUUUGGACUUGGCACAAAAUCGGCUAAAUGGUGAAAUCCCUAGGCUUAUAUACUGGAAUGAAGUUUUACAGUAUCUAGGAUUGAGGAGUAACAAUUUGGUUGGUGAGCUUUCUCCCGAUGUCUGCCAGUUAACGGGCCUGUGGUAUUUUGACGUGAGGAACAACAGUUUAAGCGGCACUAUUCCCUCAAACAUUGGCAACUGCACUGGCUUCCAGGUUUUGGACUUGUCAUAUAACCAUUUCACCGGAGAGAUACCAUUCAACAUCGGUUUCCUACAAGUAGCCACAUUAUCACUUCAAGGAAACCAGUUAUCUGGAGAAAUUCCAUCUGUGAUUGGACUUAUGCAGGCACUUGCGGUUUUGGACUUGAGUUGCAAUAAUUUGAGUGGUCAAAUUCCUCCAAUCCUUGGAAACCUUACUUACACUGAAAAAUUGUAUCUCCACAACAACAAGUUGACAGGAUCCAUUCCCCCAGAACUAGGAAAUAUGUCGAAACUCCAUUACCUGGAACUGAACGAUAAUAUGCUUACGGGUCAUAUUCCACCAGAACUUGGAAAGCUGACUGACUUAUUUGACCUUAAUGUUGCGGGGAAUAAACUCGAGGGGCGGAUACCUGACAAUCUUAGCUCUUGCACCAAUCUCAACAGCCUAAACGUGCAUGGAAACAACUUCAAGGGCACCAUCCCUGCUGAAUUUCAGAGGCUUGAAAGCAUGACAUACUUGAAUCUAUCAUCAAAUAAUCUCGUGGGUCCGAUUCCAAUCGAGCUGUCUCGGAUCGGUAAUUUGGAUACCUUGGACCUCUCCAACAACAAUAUCGGUGGUCCGAUCCCUUCUCCACUUGGUGAUUUGGAACAUCUCUUAAAACUGAAUCUGAGCCGGAAUGAGUUGACUGGAUAUUUACCUGCUGAGUUUGGCAACCUAAGAAGCGUCAUGGAUAUAGAUCUUUCUUACAAUCAUCUCUCUGGUGUUUUACCCCAAGAACUUGGUCAACUUCAGAAUUUAUUCAUGCUAAAGUUAGAAAGUAACAACUUCACAGGAGGUUUGGCGUCGUUGGUUAAUUGCCUUAGCCUUUCAGUUCUAAAUGUAUCGUAUAAUAAUCUGGCUGGGGAUAUUCCUGCUGGGAAUAAUUUUUCAAAAUUUUCACCCGAUAGCUUUCUUGGCAAUCCAGGUCUUUGCAGUUUCCUAAGUUCUUCCUGUCAUGCAUCUCGUUCCACCGAGCGAGUUACCAUUUCUAAAGCAGCUAUACUAGGAAUUGCUUUGGGUGCCUUGGUUAUUCUUCUUAUGAUCCUCGUGGCAGUAUGCCGACCCCACACUUCAAAACCAUUCAGGGAAGGGUCAUUUGACAAGCCUGUACAUUACUCGUCACCGAAACUUGUGAUACUUCACAUGAACAUGGCGCUUCAUGUAUAUGAUGAUAUUAUGAGAAUGACUGAGAAUCUAAGUGAAAAGUAUAUUAUCGGAUAUGGAGCAUCAAGCACGGUAUACAAAUGUGUCCUCAAAAAUUGUCGGCCUGUAGCUAUCAAGAAAUUGUAUACCCAUUAUCCUGAGUACCUGAAAGAGUUCGAGACCGAACUAGAAACUGUUGGAAGCAUCAAGCAUCGGAAUCUUGUUAGUCUACAAGGUUACUCUUUAUCACCGUCCGGGAACCUGUUAUUCUAUGACUACAUGGAAAAUGGGAGCCUCUGGGAUCUCCUUCAUGGCCCGCUGAAGAAGAAAAAACUCGACUGGGAAACACGAAUUCAGAUAGCACUUGGCGCGGCCCAAGGGCUUGCCUAUCUUCACCAUGACUGCAGUCCCCGUAUAAUCCAUAGAGACGUGAAAUCUUCGAAUAUAUUACUUGACAAGGAUUAUGAAGCACAUCUUACUGAUUUUGGAAUUGCUAAGAUUUUAUGCACGUCAAAAACCUUCACGUCAACUUAUAUAAUGGGAACCAUUGGUUAUAUUGACCCUGAAUACGCUCGUACUUCCCGUCUUACUGAGAAAUCUGAUGUUUAUAGCUAUGGGAUCGUUCUUCUUGAAUUACUUACAGGGAGGAAAGCUGUUGAUAAUGAAUCAAACCUCCAUCAUUUGAUUCUGUCAAAGACGGCAAGCAACGCAGUGAUGGAAUCCGUAGAUCCAGAAAUCUCAGCAACAUGCAAGGACCUCAGUGAAGUAAAAAAGAUUUUCCAACUCGCUCUUUUGUGCACCAAACGACAACCAUCCGAGAGACCAACAAUGCAUGAAGUGGUUCGUGUCCUGGGGAGCGUACUCCCAUCGCCAAAAGCAAACCCUUUGUGUCCCACGACGUUACUCCCAUCUUCAAAAGUCUCGAGCUACAUGGACGAAUACGCCAACCUAAAGACUCCACAUUUGGUUAAUUGCUCAUCCAUGAGCACCUCAGAUGCCCAACUCUUUCUGAAAUUUGGUGAGGUUAUAUCUCAAAACAGUGAUUAAAGCAAAAUGUCUAUAUUGCCCUUGAUUAUGGAGAACUCCCAUGUAUCAAGAUUUUAGCUUUAGUAGUAUUGUAGUAGGGAGAUUUUUGGAAUUGUCAAAGCUGUUGUAACCAUGUGCAGGUCUGUUGUACUUUUUAUGAAAUUAUCAUGGUACUA